AUGAGCGCGUUGUUCCCAGCGCCCGUGCGCCCGUACGCGACGUUUUCCGACGCCGCUGCGGCGUCCACACCUGCGUCCGCGCCAUCCCCCCACCCCCCUGCGCCGUCGAUCCCACGCUACCCGCUGCGGGUAGCCAGUCGCUUCGUCCCGCGGCGCCCGAGCGACUUUGGCGACGGCGGGGCGUACCCCGAGCUCCAUGUGGCCCAAUUCCCGUUAGAAAUGGGUACAACUCGACCCGGGCGGUCGGCCCUUGCUUUCAAUACAGGCACCCUCGCUCUAAGCGUCCACGGCGACGACGGGCGCGUAAACUACGACGCCAUUGUGACGCACCGGCGCGCACACAAAGUGUACACCAACUUUAGUGCCCUCGUCGAAAAGCGCUCGGCCGGACCCCAUGCGCGGCCGUCGCCCGACGAAGAAGCGGCCGCGGCCGUCCGCACGCGCGACGCGCUCCACGCGCACGUGCAGCAGCAGCAGCAGAGCGCUCUGCCGACGGGUGUCGCGCGCCAGCGACCGGCGCAGUACAUUCGGUACACCCCACACGACCAGUCGCGAGGAGCUAUUGAGUCGAAAGCUGAGUCGAAAGCUGCGGAGUCGGAUACUGGCGGACUGAAGCAGCGGAUUGUCCGGAUAACGGACGUGGCGAAAGACCCCAUGGAGCCGCCCAAGUUCCGGCACACGAAGGCAGUGCGGGGGCCGCCGUCGCCGCCAGUGCCGGUGCUGCACUCGCCGCCGCGGAAGCUGACGGUCGCGGACCAGCAGUCGUGGAAGAUCCCGCCGUGCAUUUCGAACUGGAAGAACGCAAAGGGGUUUACGAUUGCACUGGACAAGCGGCUCGCGGCCGACGGCCGCGGGCUGCAGCAGGUGACUGUGAACGACCAGUUUGCCAGUCUGUCGGAGGCGCUGGCGAUCGCCGAGCGCAAAGCGCGGGAAGAAGUGAACAUGCGCGCGCAAGUGCACAAGAAGCUCGCGAUGAAGCAGAAGGAGCACAAGGAGAGCGAGUUGCGUGCGCUUGCGUCCAAGGCUCGGAUGGAGCGGGCAGGGCCUCGAGGGGGAGGUGCAGGCUACGACAGGGACGACGAGGAAGGUCGGUCGAGUCGACGUGGACGUGGACGCUCGAUGACCGGCGAGAAGGCGUUGGCGCACUUGCCGAGUGAUGACGACGAAGGUGAGAGCGACGAGAAGGCUCGUCGCGAACGGGAUCGUAUCCGUCGCGAGCGCAAGAAAGAGCGCGAGCGCGAAAUGCGCCUGGAGAAGUUGGGCAAGAAGGGCAAAUUGGCGCGGGAUGAAGACCGAGACGUGUCGGAGAAGAUUGCGCUGGGUCAGCUCCAAGGUGGCGGCCGGGCUGGCGGCAGCGAUGGCAUGUUUGACGCGCGGCUGUUUAAUCAGUCGCAGGGCAUUAGUUCUGGCUUUGGCCAAGAGGACGAGUACAGUGUCUACUCGAAGCCGAUGGUGGAUCGCGGCAAAGCCAGUGUGUAUCGCCCGAAGGAUGUUGAUGGUGUAUUUGACGCUGAUAAGGAGUACGACGAGCUAAAGGGCGGUCAUGCAAAGCGUUUCAAGGCUGACAAACAGUUUCGAGGUACCGAAGCCGUGGCGCGAGGUGGAGCUCGAGAUGGCCCGGUGCAGUUUUCCAAGGACAGCGAAGAUGAUCCGUACGGACUUGACCAGUUCCUGACCGAUGCGCGGACGGGCACCGGCAAUGAGCGCCGCUCGCGUGGUCGAGACCGUCAUCGUCGCUAG